AUGGCUACCGGCGGCGUGGCAGAAGCAGCCGCUCUCGCCGGCCUCAUUGGAUUCAGCUUCCAGUGUCUGGCCGGCUGCAUCAAGGGAUUCCAGUUGAUCUCCACGGCUCUGGGGGUGGGCAAACAUGCGGUCUACUUCCGCAUCGCGCUGUUGCUUGAGGAGCAGAGACUGCUGUCUUGGUCCAGGCGAUCAGGGCUCAGUGACGAGAAAGCUGACCCGCGCCUCCCUUGGACCGUCAUCAGAGAGGCGCUGGCCGAACUGAGUGAGCUCCUCUGCUCCGUCGAGACGUUGAAGAAACGAUACAAGUUGACGGUCGAGCCAGCGGGGAAUCCUGCCGCGUCGCAAGAUCUAUCUGCGGACAGUCCCCCUGUGGAUGAAUCGCUAUCCUUCCUCAUGAGAGACGACAUCCGGCAGGAACGGCACAGGAUCCUCGACCGGGCCAAGACGAUCAGGCACGAUACCAGUGUGCUGAAACAGUUCUGGUUUGCCGCCGUCGACAAAGAGAAGUUCCAGGAUCUUCUGCAAGAGAUUGCCAACAUCAUCGAUAAACUGAGCGAGUUGCUCCGAGACCGAGUCCAGGACGAGCUGCGGGAGGCGCUUCAACUGCAGCAGUAUCAGAACGUCGUCCUGGCUUCCAAGAUGGACGAACUCAGAUCCAUGAUCGAGGCCAACAGUCUACGAAGACUGAUCAAUCUACCGGAAAACUCGGCUGCACUGCUGAAAUUCAUUAGCCUCUGCCGGCCCAGCAGCCCAGAUGCGAAGGAACUGGAAGGCCUGCUUUCGCAGACAAUGCACAGCUCUCACAGCUCUCUUCAGCCCAUCAUGCCGAAUCGGUUCAAGGAUCGCGAAGCAUUAGGGACGGGCGACAGCUUCAAAGGAACCAUCUCCUAUGACGGGGUCAAAUAUUUCUUCGAGACCAAAAAGUACGACUGGCCCCAAUCUGACGAGGAGAAGAAAAAGGUCCAGGAUGCCAUCGUCAUGCUGGCCCUUCUCCUGAACGCGCCCAAGCACCCUUCGUUCCACACUCUCGACUGCUUUGGAAUCGCGGCGGAGGAGAAAAACAGCCAGUAUCUGUUCCUGUAUCGAUGGCCAGGCCAAGGCAGUGACUCGGGGAAACCGCGAACGCUGCUGGACUAUCUUUCCGGCAGCUACAAGCCUUCUCUCAGCGCUCGCGUCCAUCUUGCGCGCGAGUUGGCCAGAUCACUAUUCUUGUUCCACACCGCCAACUGGAUGCACAAGAGCUUUUCGAGCAGAAACGUCCUGUUCUUCCCGAGAUCGCCGGCUGGCCGAUCGUUAGAGAGCCCGUACAUUGUCGGCUUCGCCUACUCUCGGCCGGCGGAGAAAGACCAGCCCUCGCUCAAACUCAAGCACGAGUUCGAGUCCGGCAUCUACCACCAUCCCGAAUAUCUCGACGAGGCGUCCGUGUUCCACAAGGCUUACGACAUCUACAGCCUCGGCCUGGUCCUGUUGGAGAUCAGCAAGUGGCGGCCCCUCAAGGACAUCUACCUCCAGACCAUGGGCGAGCGACGGCAACGACAAGGUAGUUCUGCGAGUUCUCCGACGAAAGACGUCAAGUCUCUGAGCAGGGACGAGCUGCGUCGUCUCCACCGAGAACUCAUGGACGGCUUCCAGAACGACGCCGCCGGUCUGAGAGAGGCGCUUUGUGACCGCUCGGCCAAAGACGCUCAUCCUGUCGACGUGGCGUUUCGCGCCGGCGACAUGUUUGCCGAUGCGGUUUUCCGCUGCCUCGGACCCGAGUUUGAUCGCUUUCGAGGCGACGGCAGCGGCAGCGGCGAGGACAAUCUAGCUCUGCAGGAACUCUUUCUCGAAAAGGUUCUCCGGCCUCUUGAGAAUUGCAAGGCAUGA